GUAUUCCUUCCUUAUCUUUAGCUUAAUAUUAGUUGUGAUGUUAGCCUGUUUUCUUGGACACUCCUAGCGCUUAUCCCUCUUCCCUGGUUACAGCCUCAAGCCUCGCUCAGGAAACCAUGGCCGAGCAGGCCCCGGGACCCCCGCUGUCGUCCCAACCUGACGGUAAAUUUCUUCCGUUUGUGGGCUUUUGUAGAGGGAGCGUUUAGGAGUGGGAGCAUCGAAACCAGCGGCCUCUGCAUCCUUGACAACAUUAGCUCGUUAGCAUCAUCAGGGCGACGUGUCACUGCUGUCACUGUAUCAUAUUGAACAUUUCACACUACGCAGUUUGUGCAUUCAUCAAUAUCUGCUUGAAUCCCUUUACGUGAAGCUACAGAUUCAUGUUAAAUAGCAGAAAAGAAGCAUAAUAGUGUAACACUCGUAUGACAGAUAGCUUGUUAGCUUGUAGCUUGAGCUGAUGUCACUAAAUUGAUCUAAAGGUCGACUCUGGCCUCUGUUAGUCUGACCCAGCAUUGUCAUUCUUUAACAUGGAUCAUAUGGACCUCAUCAGCAGCCCAGUGCAAUGUGCUGUGUAUGACUUGCAACACUCGGGGGCUGGACCAUCAUACAGGAGGUUGAUCCUGUUCAAGGCUGGUUCUCAAACAGAGGUCCGGGUACCAUCCUUGGGUCCUGCAGGGGAACAUGUGUGAUUGUAGCUUUCCAUGGGUGUAACAUUAAUCUGUGUGGAUUUGUUAUUGCAGAAGAGCCAGACUCAUGAGGUAAUAAUGCCUGGUUAGUCAUCCCUGUGCAGCCAUGUACAGUUAAUGCUGUUCAUAUACCUUAUUUAUUGUUUGUAUACCUAUUAACAGGGCUGGCUUGGAGUAAAGUAACCUCCCUGGUAUUUUUGAACCAUACUGACCUCACACAUCUGAACAUGUAGCAUCAGUACACUUUUAAGCUUUACCUUUAAUAGAACUUUGACAUAAUUUGGUGAUAACGCAAGUAAACAAAAGGGGUUUACCUGUAGUGUAGUAUUUUUACAGUGAGUUAACUGACCUUGCUUCCAUUUGAUCAGAGUGUUAUCCCAGAUGUAACCAAUUACACCAUAUGGAGGGCUGGGCGAUAAAACGAUAACGAUAUAUAUCAAAAAUUAAUUUCCCUCAAUAUCAAUAUAAAACUUGGUCAAUAUCGUUUUUGAUAGUCGGCAUUCUGCCAUGUUUUAAUAGAUUAUAUGAUUAGCCAAUGAAAAGGGGAGGUCUCCCGGGUCCGCUUUGCGCUGAACUAAUCAUGUGCUGAAUUAGAACCAAGUCGCAAAUAACCACGUUGUAGCAGGCAGCAGCUACACGCAACUGCACUGUGCACUGCAAAUUAUGUCGAGCACAUGUCCUCGCAAAGUCGGGGAAUACCUCAAAUGUUUUUCACCACCUGAAGCGGUGCCACUUGGCAGAGCACGCACAAUGCAAAAGGUUACAAUUCCCGAGCGGUGAAAGAGCCCACGGCACCUGUGCAGCCGAAACAGCCCACCGUUCAGUCCGCUUUCUCUAGCGCAAUGCCUUACGACAAAACGUCGAAGAGACACAAAGACCUCACAGAUGCAGUAGCUGAUUGUAUUGCAAAAGACAUGCUAUCAAAAAGCACUGUUAAAUUUCAUUUUAUAUCGUGAUGUAUAUCGAUAUCGACUGAUAUGAAAAUAACAUAUUGUGAUACACUUUUUCCCAUAUCCCCCAGCCCUAACCAUAUGGCAUUUAAAUUUCUAAAUGACACAGAACUUAUAGUCAGUAAUUCAUUAAUCGUACAAUCAUUGGCUUGUUUAAACCUUCAAAUGAUUGUUGGCAUAUAAAUAAAUGUUUGUUUGUUAAUGCUGCAGCUUCUCUUCUUGUGCUCACUUAGUCCCUCUGCUUCGCUAACACACCCUAACCCUAAGUCUCCUACACUUGUUUCUCGGCACUGUAAUCUAAAGUUGUAAUUGGAUUUAAUCAACCGUGCAGCUCCAUUGUGGAGUUGCAGUUUUUGAUUCACCUGCACCACUGAUGAGAUGAUGAGAAAAAUUAGAGCGAAUGUUGGGAAAAGAGUUCAAUUACACACCUAAAUUGUGUGAAAACUGGAGUCAACAUUUCAACAUUACAAGAAGAAAAUCAAGAUUGUGAGGAAACUAACCAUAUUGUGACAGAAAAAAUGAGCAAAUUCAAUUCAUGUAUGGAUUUCUGUUCAGGGUUUACUUGCGUACCUGUAUAUUAUCCUGCAGACUGGUCACACCUGUAAAGUAAGCAUCUAUUCUCCUUUAUUUGCUGAGAAAUUUUGCACCCUGAAACUUAUUUGUUAUAACAGUAAUUGAGUCAUGUGGGGUUAGCAUAUGUAAAAUCCAUAACCAAUUUUUCUUUUGAGUUGAACAGAUAAGAUUAGAUAUCUAUACAACAGUAUAUCUUUGUCCUUGUACAUGACUAUCUAGUAUUGCUACAGCAGCAAAGAUCUGAACACAAAGCAUUAAACACUUGUUCCAGAAUCAGAAAUCUUUGAUUUCACUGCUGAAGAAACAUAAGGGAAACACAAAAUAAUGUGAUUUUCUGGUGGCUUUUUUUUAAUGACUGCUGCAAGCAUUAGAGGAAGCCCUCAGGCGACUCUGUUAGUUACAGUGGAGCUUUGACAUUUUCUUCACUUUCACCAUUUUCUUUAUUUGAUUAUUGCUGGAAGUUUUAUUUCUAUUUCUAAAUAUUGUUUUCUGGGCGUUUUGCCUUUAUUUAAUAGAGCAUCUUAGAGACAAAAGAUGUGUGGAGAGAGAGGAUGACAUGCGGGCUGGUACAUGGGGCACCUGCUCUACCAGGCGCUCCUGUUUAAUUCUGUUUAAUGUCAUUUGAUUUAGUACAAAGUAAAAUAAUUGCAUUGACCUUCUUGGAAACAUUAAAGGCAACCUUUCACUUUAGCUUUGAUUAAAAUGUGUUGACUAAUGCCAGAUUUAAUUCAAUAAAAUAGAGCGUAUUGGAAUAGUUCAAACAGCAUUAGACACUGGCCAUGUCAGUGCUGUUGACCAAUGAUAGUCACUGCAGAUGCACAUUUAUACUGUGUCUGCAAACUCUCCAAAAGCAAGAUAAGAACUUGUGUAUGUGCAGCUGAUUUUCCUCCAGUCUGAAUGUGGAGGAAGCUACAUGUAUGCAGUAUUAGCCGACAUAUUACUUUAAGAUAAGAGGCUUUAGUUAAGUGCUAUACUGUACCAAGUGGAAUAGUGUUGUGCCAUAUUGUACCAUAUUGUACUUGCAGUGCACCGUAUCCCACCAUCAUUCCUUACUACGGUAUCAUGCCAAUACAGUGUCACACCAAUUUUCUGCAAGGGAGCUAUAACAACAUCUAACAUAUAUACACCCUUCAUAUAAGGUGCAUUAAAUUCGGUGCUACAAUAACAUACUGCAGUGUACUAAAUGUACUAAAUCAAAAAAAAACAUUAAUCUACAGUUGCAUUGCUGAGUAGAUGGGGUAUUUUUCAUCUGCACUCUUGUUUGUUGGUGUUUUUAUUCGUAGGUUUUUCUGACAACUGCUUAAAGCCUCCUGUUUCAUGUUUUGUUGUAUUGUAUCGUAUCAUAUUGAAGUUGAUUUUAAAGCCACAGGAGACGAGCUUGGCCGUGUUUUAAAGCUAAAAUAGCGCUUGAGGGAUUAGCAACACUGUUUGCCAAAAAUCACCAUCAGAUCCAUGUGAGUUUAUGUUCAGCUUAUGUACUGAUGGAAUUUCUGCUUUAGUGUGUUCAGCUAUCACAUGACUGCAGGGAACAGUGCUGCUGCUUCUGCUGCUGCUGCUGUGCAAAUGUUUCCGUUCGUCUGUCUGAGUUUGGAGAUAUCAUUGUCUCCCUGCUUGCUCUGCUGGCUUUAAAUAAGAAGGGAAAUAAAUACGAUCCAUGCAGGACAGGAUGUAGGAAAAUACUGUGACUCUUACUAUGAGUUCUGGCUGUGGAUAGGAAGACGGUUAACUUAAACUAGCAAUUCCUAAUUUUAAGUUCUAGAUGCAUUUUUUAGUUUUCAUUGUAGGUAAUUGUUUUGAUAAACUCAUGUUACCUAAAUAACUGAGUAUAUUUAAGUGCUGUAAAGUCAAGCCUUUGCUCCAAAACAACUUAAGUACAGACAUAAGAUCAGCCUGUAUGUUUAAUAAAAACUGUGGUUUUAGUUUUUUAGCCUUUUAUGAUUCAUUGAGCUGAGUAAAGCUCUAGUAUCUAGUCGAAGCAGAGACAGAAGGAUGUACUCAUCCAGUCAAAUGUUAACAUAGUCACCCGCUUACAGGAUUGUGGUUUCCCAGAUUAUAAAUUUCUGUCAGUAACUUCCCAAUUAUCAGCAGUUUGUCACCAGUAGAAAUCUGAUAUACUCAACUCUCUUUUAUUUAUGCUGUUUUACUUCUUUGCUGCUCUAUUCUUACUUUAAACCAGUUGAUUUCAUUUAUUUUUGUGUGGCUUUGUGUUGCCUGUCAGUUUUUAUUCUAAUCAAAGAGACAACAACAUGUCAAAGUAAUACUUCAGUUCAUGCGGGUGCUGUAGAAGGAUGUUACUGCGUACUUUUUAUGACAGAAAAAGUGGAUUUGUUGGUAUCACAGCGGGUGGAAGGUUUCGGUCAGGACUCCCGCAACGUCAAGUGAAUCAAAAAAGAGGAGAGCAGAGAAAGACUGAAUUAUAAACCUGUGCAUUUUCUGCAGAAGUGACUUUCAUCCCACUUUUUUUUUUUUUUUGUCCAGUGAGCGACUGAAUAACUUUUAAUUCUCAUGUCUGAAAAAUUAUUCUGACAAAUCGACCCUGAAAGGAAAAAUAAUGACUUUUGGGCAGCAUUCAUGCAGGAAAAAAUAGUUCAGUUUAAGGAGACAAUAGAAAAUAAAUCUGGAAGAGCAGAGGAUAUGUGAUACUCGGAGAGAGGGGAAAUCAACAUUCAGGCAGUUUGAAAAUAUGACAGUCAUAAAAAUCUCAGAUCAUGUCCUUUUUCAUGACUCAGAGUAAACAUUGUGAAACAACAUCCUGACAUAGUUUGUUGAAGAGAAAGAGUUAUUCCUUAUAUCAUUGAGGUUAAUGAACAAUAUUGAAGGAAUAGAGAGGCCUGCAAACUAAAGUAUCAGACAGUAAGUUACACAGCUGAAGUGAUACAGUGAGUAAAGGUUGUAUUUGUGCAUGCUGGAGUUCAAUCUAAAGAUUUUUCACUCAGGUGAUUAAUCGUCUUGCAUUUUGUUUGUCUUCUCCGUCUUGCAGAGGAGCUGCAGCAGCGAGUAGCCGCUCUGGAGCAAGAGAGGGCCGAGUUCAUCAAACUCAAGCAGCAGCUGGAGGGCGAGUUCAACCAGAAAAGAGCCAAAUUUAAAGAGCUCUACAUGUCCAAGGAAGGUAAGGGUCCCAUCAUGAGCAGCUGUCUUCUCUAGAGGAAUAAUGUACAGGAGAGUUCAGAUGGGGAGAUGAGGUCUUGACCCUCACAGUCUGAAUUUAAUCCUAAAGAGUAAGAUGAUAUGUUUUUCUGUUAUUUCAAGCCUCAUUCUUCCUGUUUGCUUUCAAAAUGAAACAAUCAAUAGAAUAUAAUUGGCUUCGAUGUUUGCCUCGCCCCCGUUCCUCGCCUUUCCGACUUUUGCAUAAUCACCUCAACCAUCCUUCACCCACGCCGUCAUUGAUCUCUCUUGUGCCCCUCCAGAGGAGCUUAAGAGGCAGACCGCAGCCCUGGAGGGCGCCCAGGCCGAACUGACCUCCAUCCAGGAUCAGCUGUCCCAGGCCCGGGCAGAUAUAGAAACCAUCAAAGCUGUGGCCACUGUGUCGGAAAACACCAAGCAGGAAGCCAUCGAUCAGGUCCGCAGCCAGUGGCAGGAGGAAGUGGCUUCCUUGCAGGCUAUCAUGAAAGGUAAACCGAGGUGCUCUUACACAAAAAGUGACACAGUAAUUGUUCAGAUGAAUACGGUCUUUAUUCUGAUUAAGUCGUGGAGAAAUCAUUAAACUUUAAUGUCCAGGCAUGUCUCAGGAGUCUGGUCUAGGUCACCAAAGAAGAAUCAGACAAGAGUCAGACUUGUAGAAAACAUUUGACCUGUUUGUAAAAAAUCCUGACCGAUCCUGUUGGAGUGUUUGGAGAUGAAAAUUAUCACUGAUAUUAAAAUACGGCGUGUCGUGUGUCUCCUAAUUAAAGUGACUCUCUCAACGACUCAGCUGUGGUGGGAUUACUGAACAUGUACAGUUUAGGGAUGCAUAGUAUUGGAUUUUUGCUGAUAACCGACUUGCCGAUAUCCUCGAACUCAUUUUGACCCAUUCUAAUAUUAGAAUCAACAUAUUUGCACAUUUUUUUGGUUGUGAAGGCCACCGAGUCUUUCUUGAAAUAGAGUUUACGACAGCCUAUUUUAGAAAGAGGCGAAAAAACAGAACAAAAGACAUUUGAUUGUGCAAUAAAUAAUGCAGAUUUAUACAAAAUCUUUGUCUUAUGUCUUCAAAAUGAGAAGAAAUUGAUUAAAAACAUUUUUGCAGCAGGCUGUAAACUGGUUUGAAUUUGCUCUUAGCACAGGUCUUUAACAUGGAUGUGCAUGGGAAUUCCUGGACUUUUGUAUCCUGCCUCAAGUGGGCGCUAGAGAAACUGCUGUGUGAAGCACUUCUGCAUUCUUGUUUUAUAUUUCGGCACCACUUGAUGUUGGCUGGAUUAAAUUACUAGGGUUUCACACAAGAAAAACAGCAAAAACAGUUCAACAGUCUGGAUAAAAACAUAAAUUGAAUCCUCUUCAACAUCUCCCGAUGAUGUUUGAGUCAAGAGUCUGAAGAAAUAUCAGAGAAGGAAGAGUCAGAGAAGGGAGAAAUAUCAGAAAAAGAGUCAAUCCCUGAAUAAGAGGCUGUUUUCAUACUCUUUUAAAGUGAGGAAACACUUUUUAAAUUUCAAACUUAUCUUACAAUAAACAAAUUAUUUACUCCACCAAGAUUAUGAUUUUGUUGUUGCAAUUUUAGCCAAACCAGAAUGUUGCAUACCAUCUAUAAAACCUCUCAGUGCUCUAGCUGCAUUUUUUUGUAGCGGAGAAGUUUAAGUCUUUUAAAGAGACGUAUAAGAUAAGACAGUUUUUAUGUGUUGUUGGAAAAGAGUUCAUUCAUUGUGUGGCGAGUUUCUAUCAAAGCACUGCAAAAUCUGAGUGGAUAUGGAGAAACGAUCUGUGUUUUAGUGGGUGGGAUAGAAGGACAGAGAGAGAGAUUAAUGGUAACUCAUAAAUAUUUGGAGACAUUUUAUGAGACGUGGUAUGAGCAGAGCAGAGCAGAGAAGUGCCUGAGUGUAGGAGGGUAUUGGCAUCUGUUGGAGGACACUGGAGGAACCAGAAACUGAGAAAGCAGCAGUGCUUGUUAUCCAGUUCAUGAAAUAGCUCGAAAUAACAGAGAUAACUCCAUCAGCACAGAGAGUACUGUGCCUCAUUUUCCAUUGUCCCUGCAGAAACGGUGUGUGAGUAUGAGGUCCAGUUCCACCAGCGACUGGAGCAGGAACGAAGCCAAUGGAACCAGUACAGGGAGGCGGUGGAGAGGGAACUGGGGGAGCUGAGACGCCGCCUCACUGAAGGCCAAGAGGAGGAGAACCUGGAGGAUGAAAUGAAAAAAGUAGGCUGUCUGGAAGCUUCACAAUCACAGAAUUACAAAAAAAGCUUCUGUUGAUACGAUGUGUGUCAUGUUUUUGCAGCAGCUGAAAGACAAAAUCCCUCCUAAAUAAAUAACCCUGUGCUACUUUGCAUAUGGACACAUUUAUAAUGAGUGUUUUUAAAAAACCCUUCAAGGCCCAGGAGGAUGCAGAGAAGCUGCGUUCAGUGGUGAUGCCCAUGGAGCAGGAGAUCGCCGCCCUGAAAGCAAAGCUGACGACAGCCGAGGACAGAGUGAAGGAGCUGGAGGCCUCAAAGGUUAGUCAGCAUUAAAUCAAUGAUUCAGCCGUAAAAAAUGAGCACAUAAUAUGAUAACAGGGCAUGACAUUGACCGGGCGCGGCAGCUGCAUUGUCUGAGUGAAUUGAAUUUGUAAAGGUUGAUUGUGUUAGAAGUGGAGAGGUUCACCGCUGUUUUAGACACUCGGAACAAAAAAAAGUGCAUAAAAUCUUUAAAAAAAGGUUAUUUCAGAGUGGAUUUUUUAAAAUCCAAAUAUUCAGCAUCUCCAAAAGGUAUUUAAAAAAAAAAGGCAUCAUCUCUGAGAAGAAAUUGACGAGCCAGAAAUACACACAUACAGACACAGAUGCACCAAUGAAGAGAUGCCAGUGUGAGGAGGCGGCUCAUGAAGGGAGUUUGGUGCUUGACUUUAAGACCACCUCAGCAGUGGGGAUUCAGUGAUAAGAGAUUUUAGUGGUAUAGUUACUGUCAGAGUAUAAUCCCACUUUCACAAAUAUCAAUCAUUAUGCAUUCAUUAAUUUUACGGCAUUAUUAAUGUUUAAAUCAAACAUCCUGACAUCAUUUCACUCACUGAUUCGGUGAUGCCUUUACUCGUGUGGACGCUCCCUGGUAGUUUGAUUUGUUCGAGCCCUUAGAUGCAUUUUUUCUGCAGACAUGUAGUCAGCUAUCGAACUCCUUGAUCAUUCUUGAUGUGCCCGGGGUGCUCGCUCAUUGCUGACUCGACUCUUUCUUCGGCGGAUACAAAACUUAACUGCUUAGCUGGCUGCACAAGUUAAGCCGAUGUAGAGUAGUCCCCGUACUGUUAGAGCAGUACUUAUCAUUAGGUGCCUCCUCGUUUUUCGUUUUCAUGCAGGUCUCUUGAACUAUAAUGCUCAGGUCCCUUUUUGAGAACAAGGACUAAAACAUUUUACAAGAGUUAACUGCUGUUGAAGUCUGAGUUGGAAAUUUAACCUAUGAGCAAAGUCCCCACAGACUGAGCUUCUGCCCCCUGAUUCAAACUCUUCAAUUUGACUUUUCAAAGAAGUUACAUUUUCCUUUUUGCUUUAUGGAGUAAUGUUGGUCCCAAAAUCAUUUCAUGUAAACAUGGUUAAAGCAAUAGUUUCAUAAUAAGAUAAUAAAUGUUCUUGAAAUUACUUUUUAUUUUCUUGGUUUUAAACUACUUUCACAUUUGUUUAGACAUUUAAAAAUCUGUGUUCUGAACCUUUAAACUGAUUAGAAAUUUAUGUUAAGUGCAUUUCUGUUUAAUUUGAUAAUUCUAAAAUCAUAAACAGUAUAAAUAAAAAAGACUGUAUUCUUAGAAGUCACAACUAGAAAGUGCUGACGAUAAAGUUGACGUACAAGUUCAAAUAUACUUAUUUAAGGUGUUUAUUUCCAUCGUUUUUAGACGCUUGUCCAGAUUGUGACACUGCUGUUAAAUUCAUUUCCAUGAAGUCAUAAAAAAAGGUGUAAAAAGUCCUUUAAAAUUUAACUCUGUGAAGGUCUAAGAUUCAACCUUUGUAUACACCUGUCGCUCUUGAGAGUGACGGCGCAGUGCUGUCGGUCGUUUCUAUGUUAUUUUCACUUUAACUAGCAGAAGAGGAACCAUGUUUUGAUACGUUUCAUUUCCACUUCCACUCCAUCAUAAGUGAAAUUAAUUAACCACGAUCACAACCUUUUAAGCCUCCCAGUGCUGCGUUUCUAUCUGUAGCCACUCUCUGUAGUUUCCCUCAGCCUUGCAGCAUUUCUAAAUAAUUGUUCAGUUUUAAGGCAACUUCAUUGUGUUUUAUCCCAGCUCUCUCAUCAACCCAGUUUCCAGCUGAAGCAGACAGCUUUUUAGCGCGGAGAACUCUGAUAAAAGUUUUGUAAGCAGAGACACACAGUUAGCAAGUAUCUGGCAGAGAAAGUGGAGCAUUUAGCUGCUAAAGAGCCAGACAUUUCCCUCAAGAGAAAGUGGAGACCAAAGCUGAAAAUAUCAAAUGAUACUGCUUGAUGUCGUCUCUUUUUCUCAGUUCAUCACAGAGGAGCAGCUUUUUUUUUUUUACAAAACUCCGAUCAAAGAAACUUUAAGAAACUUGUAACUUUUGAGAAAAUAAACUCCUGUUUCUCUCCUGACAGGUCAAGGAGCUCAAUCACGUUCUGGAGGCGGAGAAGUCGUGUCGUACGGACUUGGAGAUGUACGUGGCCGUGCUGAACACUCAGAAAUCUGUCCUGCAGGAAGAUGCAGAGAAACUACGGAAAGAGCUCCAUGAAGGUACCGAGUUAUGAUCCUCUGUUCUUUCUAAAAGAGAGUAAACUAUGACAGAUUGGUUUUUACUGAAGAUACUUACUGAGAGUGACUUUCUGCAACAUCGGCUCCCCCCCCCAAAACACACGCUGCUUCAUCUUGUAUCACUGAUUUUGAUGGUGUCAGAUGCUGGUUUAAUCAUCUCCACUGUGAGGCUGUCAGCACUCAGGCAGGGGGGUUGAAACUUCUGCUCCGCACACUUAGCUGCAGUGUAGACAGGAAAUCGACUUUUCAAAUGUGGAUGUCUACCAGCCACUGACAGACAGACGAUCAGAUUCAGCAAUCUCUAAAAAGAAAAUCUGUACUUUUGGUCCUGAAAUCGACCCGCCACUUCAAUAUUCACAAGAGAUGGACAUAUCAGGCCAAAAUACGACUCAAAUCUAAAUAGCAAAUCAGAACAAGAACAAGCCUGCUCCUCUGAGCCCUGCAUUGAGUGAAGCAUUCUUCCCAUUCUGAAUAUUUACAACUUUUUUCACCAUUUACUGUUUUGAAUCUCACUGGUCCCGGUCAGUGGCAGGUGUAACUUUUGUGAGUAGCUAUGAUUGAAACACAGUCGGAAUUUCCAUAUUUUUCCAUACCCUACUUUUUAGAAUUAUUUCUGGAAAUACCUACUUUUCUAUUUUAGAAAACAGUAUUUUAGAACUGUGGUAAGAGUCCGGAAACAUAAAUACUUUUCCAUACUUUUUAAGACCUUCAAAUUGAUCAAAUUUAUUUCCAUACUUUUCCAUACUUGUGUAGGAACCCUGCACAGUGUUUAUUUGGGAAACAACAGUGACUCAUACAACACUUAGAGGUGUGGACACUAAAAUUCUCCAUGAGAGUUUACUGUGAUUUAUGCUGCUGUUUCUGUGACUCAGUAGUGUGUGCGUGCAUGUUUACACCAAACAGAAUAUCUAAAUUCAACUUCGUUUUUAUGGCAAUUUUCAGACAAAACAUGCAGUUCAAAGUGCCUCACAGAGGCUAAAAACAACAAUUAACAACAAUAAAACCUGACCCUUCCACCCACACACCAAAGACACACCCACCCUCACUCACUCACUCACCCACACAUACACACACAAAGUGCACACAGUGUGAGAAUUUAAGAUAUAUUGUUAAAGAGACAUGGCCUGACACCGAGACAAUACGUGAGGUACAAAGUGCUACCUCUGGGAAACACUGGAGAUAAAAAAUAGAAAAUGUUAAAAGGAAAGAAUAAAACCUGAUAAACUAAAACAAGAAAACAAUAUUUUCAGAUACGUAAGAGCUCUUUACCAUCUAAAAAGGGGUAAAAGAAGUAAAAACCUAUGACGGGAAUUAAGAAAAAGACUAAGAACAAAGAUAAUUAAUAAAAUGACAUAAAAUAAGAAUAAGAACUUUCAUUAAAAUGAACAUUUGCAAUAAGAAGGUGAGUCUUGGGCCUCUUCUUAAAAACAUCAACAGUCUAGUCAUCUAGUCUCUGCAUUCGUUAUGUGUAUCCCAAACAGCUGUUGCAUAUGUUUUGUACUCGAUUUGCUGUUUAAUGCAGUUUGCAAAUAGCUCUUGGGUGAACUUCUGUCUGACAGGAGCGCACCAUAAAAACAGUGAAAAGAUGUUUUUAUCCAGUAAGAUAAUAUUUGAAUGAACUUCUCAUCUCUUCAUGAAUUAAUAAAUAUACCAAAAAUGUAAAAUUCAUAACCCAUCUAUAAUAUCUGCCUGUAUUAGGCUGUUAGCAGGGGAAAUGUGAAAUAUCAAGUUACAGUUUAUGGAAAUAUCUUUUAUUCUACUGAUGAUUAAAAAGGAAAAACUGUAAAACAGUUAUCAAAGACCAACACAAUGUCUUUCAGCUUCUUGAAUGAUGAAGCAAAGCAGCAGAUUCCUACAUUUAGGAAGCGGAAACCAGAGGAAACGAAGAGCUGAAAAUCUGACUGAUGUGAUCUGGAUUAUUAAACCAGUAUUUCUAUCCCCAUCAAAGAUUAUAAGACCAACUACUGCAGACCUAGACUAAGCUAUGAGCUACUUAAACUGAGUACACAGACUUUUUCCUCCAGAAGUGAGUGGAAAACUGAUGCUUUACUCUGAGGAGAUGGAAGAAAUCCUUCAAAAGGGGGUCUUCUGCGUACAAAAAUGAGGCUUGACGUGUGGGCUGUUACAGGAGUCAAAUACAGGGCAGCUGCUCUGCAGGUGUGCUUCACUGUGUUGUAACAGGAUUGGGGUUAUGCAUAACACACGUCUCAUAAUUUUAGAGGAGAUUCAUUGAAAGAAAAAGUAUUUUUAUAAAACAGAAAAAGGUUAAAAAGGCAUAAAAAAGCCCAAGAGAAAUGAAGACUCCAUCCUGUUCCUCCGUUUAUUUGAUAAGUAGGACAAGAGUUCAUCCGAGUUGAUGGAGCAGGAAUCAGAAAUAUGACUCAGUGUUAAGUUAAAGUUGUCCUUUUACUGUCUAAUGAUAGAUUUAUAAAACUUUGGUGCUUCUGGCUGAGAAAUAAACCCCUUCCAUCAGCGUUAACCAACCUUUUCCCUCUUGUCUUCUGUCGUGCCGCCGUUUGACGCUUCAGUGUGUCACAAGCUGGAGUUGGAGCGGCAGCAGCACAACCAGCUGAAACACACGUGGCAGAGAGCCAACGACCAGUUCCUGGAGUCCCAGCGUCUCCUCAUGAGGGACAUGCAGCGGAUAGAGAGCGUGCUGUCGUCAGAACAGCUCCGCCAGGUGGAGGAGAUGAAGAAGAAAGACCAGGUACACAAAUACGCACACGCAUACACUCUGGAUACCCCGCAGUUUGGUGUGUUUGAGCUCGCAGGAUAUCUGAUCAGGAGGGGAAUUCGUGAUGUUGUGCAAACUUGAGUUUUCAGGCGGCGUUUUUCAGUCAAAUUAUCUGUCAAAGCGAGCGAGCCUGCCGUCUGACAGAUAAUUUAUUUCCAUCUUUUAAAGAAGAUAUGUAAGCUUCUUAGCAAGAACCAGAGGAAUAAAGUCGAGCUGCUGUGACUGGAAGACAGAAAAGGUCACCAGGAAUUGAGAUGAUAAAGGAUGAGGCAGAUGAACCACAUGUGAUCCUAAUAUUGGUCGUGAUCAUAAUAAUAGUGGAAAUGAAAACUCAGACAAUCAAAAGAAGUGAAAAAACGUGAAAAAUCUUACCACAAUUACAGUAUUGUGAGCUCAGUACUUGAGGCUGCAUAUUGAUUUAAACUUUUUAUAAAUGUAUUUAUCUUGAAGUAGAUUAUGCAAAGUCAGAUCGUUAUUUUACUUUCCAACAUUUAUUUAAAAACUUGUUUGUAUUAUUUUUACGCUCGGUUAAAGCUCCUGUGAGGAACUUUUGGUUUGUGUAGAUGUUGGUGCCCCCCUGUGGACAAAGCAGUCUUGGAUAGUAUUCAUUUUAUUUCAUACUUUAUUUCAUUCGGUUAGUAUAUAAAACAUUCAAUACAAACAAGGAAAAAUCUCAAACUUGUGAAUGAAAAGGAGCAGAAAGAAGAAAAAUCUGUCCCUCUUUGAUAAGAUAUUAAUCAACUAAACACAUAAUAAUUUUGACCCCCCCUAAAAAUCAUUUAGCAGACAUCUGAAAGUGAAAUUGAUCAUCCAUGCUGAAUACUUUAUGAGUGAAUUAAAAACAGGGCUGAUUAUUCAGCUGCCUGGCUGACACCUGCCCCCUUGCACCAGUUUCAGGCAUCAAAAAUUAGGAUUAAAAAAAAAUGUUCUGUUUUGUUUUUGGUGGACUUGUUUGCUUUAGGGUGUCAUAAAAAAGCAUCAAUAUGAAUUUCAUUUUAUUAAAAAAAAAAGUUAGAAGUGUUAAAAGAGAAAAACAAUACUUUAAUUGAUUGUAAAAAUAUGAAAUAUGAUCAAAAAUGGGGAAAAAAAGUCAUCAAGACCAAAAAUCUGGUUGAUCAGCUGUCUGUGUGGGUCGGUUGUUUCUUGCAGAUCAAUGAGGUGCAGUUAUCUUGGGUGGUGAUCUGAAUAGACGCAGGACAUAACUCUGAAUUAACUCUCUUUGGAGGUGAAUUGGUUGAAUUUUCCUCCAGUGAAAUAAAACCAAAUAGAUCUACUCAAAAUCAAAAACUGAGACAUACUGAAAGCCUCAGGUGCUUUGUCGCUUUUUUCUUUCACUCGAUCACAUCUCAGAGGAAAAAAAACUGCACUAAUCUGCAUUUCUUUGACAGAAUUAGUGCAUUUUUAAGCUCUUUACGCAUCAACCGUAUGCUGAGCUUAUCAAUGGAGUUAAAAAUGGGUUGUAUUCACUCAUUGAGUUGUUUGAUGAAAUCACUUUAGCUUUGAAGUCCUGCUGAAUAUAUUUAUGUAAAUAUAGUCGACUAAAGUACGAAGUGACAAAAGGAUUUGUCUGUCCACGUCUUAGGAGGAGGAUGAAAAGGAGCGGCUGAACCAAGUGAAGGAGCUGCAGGAGGAGGAUGGUGGAGAUAACACCGAGCCUCUGGAGGAUUCCUUCCUCGGGCUGAGCGUUGAGGAGGUACGAGAAUCAUGUAAUCUGAUACGUCCCUCAGGGUGAGCUGGGCAGGAGGUUAUUGUCUUACGUCAUAUUAAUGUCCCUCAGAGUAACACAAUCUCAACAUGGGCAACACGGCACCUACACUUUUAUCAAUGCGUGUUGUUUCCCGAGCAGCUUUGAGACGAUGCCGGUACUGGUGGUCCAUAACACUUAGAACGUGAUAUGAUUAUGACUGCUCAGAUAUUCCGCUUGUGCACAAUUAUAUUUCUUUGCUGUGCAUAAAAUCAGGGAGUUAGUAUAGAAAUGAAGCCCGAUUUGAACCCAGAAUUGUGGCUUCAACAAAAUGUAGUGAAAAGAAGGUUAGUUGUUGUUUUUGUGUGUGUUUUCAGGGGGGCAUGGUACCUGUUCAAUCACCCAAACAAACAUAGACCUGUCUGCUGUUCAGCUGCUGUCUGUUUUUCUAAGGCUGUCAAACAUGAAAUUUGCCUGACGUGCAGCUUAUUUUCAGCCCUGAAACUGGCUUAAAUAUUAAAGUUUAUAUUAACUUGCUGUGAGAGAUAAAGAAAAACCUUCCCUGCAGAGCACAGAGUUGGAGGUUCAAUAUUUGACUUUUCUUGCCUUCUCGUUUCAUGGUAAUCCUUUCUGCUGCACAUUUACAGCUACAAUGAUAAACACAGUUAUUGUAAUCAAUGUACCACUGGGUUUUCCACCAUAACGCUUCUCCUUUCUUGUUUGCCAGCAGUUUUGUUUGUUAGGCAUAUUUUUCUGUCUCUUGGUGCAUCACUGCCAUCUGUAGAUUCAUGAUAUAAUGUAAAACUGUGGUUGGGAAUCUGUAUAGUGCAUGUACAAGCUCCUGUAUCAGGCCUGCAGAUUCCCUUGCAAACAUGUUCCUUUGACAGAAGACCAGAUGUGUGUGAAACAUUCAGCCUGAAACAGUCUUUUGGGGUUUUUGUUUAUCUCAUCUUCAGCUGUAAUGAAAUAAGGCACUGGCUAUUCUUGUUCCACACUCCUGUUCAGGGUACUCAUUUGCUCUUUCUCUUGCAGCCCCACGCCAACCACAGCGCCCACGGCUCCAUGCACUCUUUAGACACUGAUGUGGUAGCAGGAAGCCCCAUGGACCCCUAUAAAGAAAACCUGCGUCGAGUUCAGUCCACGGACAGCCUCGGCUCCUCGCUCUCUCCUCAGCAGGGCCUCGGCGGUCACAACCACAAAGCCAAGUCGGCCAGCCACUUAGACGAGUCGGACUUUGGGCCCUUGGUGGGGGCCGACUGCAGCGUGACGGACAGUAGUUUUGGUGAAACCGCAUCAAUCAGCUCCAUCAAACUGACGCCGAGCCACUUUCUCCUGACGAAAGACCAGGAGAAGGCCAUCAAGGCCAUGACGCCGGAGCAGGAGGAGACAGCGUCGCUGCUCUCCAGCAUCUCCCACGCCCCCGACACCGCCUACUUACCGCCUGCUGGCUACAGGCUGGUCAGCGACAGCGAGUGGAAUCUGCUACAGCAAGAGGUGCAACACUCAGGCUUUCUGGACCAGUUUUAACACAGCAUGGGGUUCAAUGUGCUAUUUUACUGUUUACUUGUAAAAAUAUCUAGAAUAUUUUAGGCUCAGGAAAACUUUUAUUAUUUUUGAAUAUUAACUCAGGUAAUUAUGGCCUGUAGAUAAAAAAACAAAAACAAAACAACAACAUAAAAACCUGGAUUUAUAUUUCAAGCUCAAGGAGUUAUUGUGAGAAAAAACAAAAAUUUCCACAAUAUUUUUGCUUUUUUGAACCACCAGGCUAUGAAAUCACUAUAAAACAUAAUCUGUCUAGUUGGAGGUGUUGUGAAAGGUUUUCAUUUAAUGAUUUCUUUUGUUAUAAUCAAUCUUUCAUAGGAUUGACAUUCGAUUUGGCAUAAAAGAGAAUAAUUAGAUUUGAUCUCUCAGUAUAAAGUAUUUUUCUUUCAGAUCCUUUAAAUCUGUCUUUGAAGUAGACAAACACUUACUGCCCCUCACACACAGUUAUUUCAUCCUUUGUGGGUGUUUUUGCUCCUUUUUAAAGAUCUUAUCUGAGUUUAUUAGGCUCUUAAAGUACAGGGACGCAAGUACCCAAAAACUUUUUUAUUUUGAGUCAUUAUUACAAAAAAAAAAAAAUCCUAAAAGCGCGUCUCACUUUCAAGGUGCUGUGACGGAGGAUUUGGGCCACAUCAAGAAAGUAAAGAAAGUCAUAGAUUGUUAAGGAUAGAGUUAUGCUAACAAGAAAAAAGUUCUGAUUUUAAAACGUAAAAGUCAUUAUUUUAGAAGAAAAAAACCUAGUAUUACAGGCUAAUGCUCAUCUCUGCAGGUCAAAUCCUCAGAUAUGUUGAUACCAGAAAGCCACUUAAUUUGAGAGAGGUCUGGCUGCAGACCUCCACUGUGAGGACCCACCUCCACUGUGAGGACCAGCUCCACUGUGAGGACCAGCUCCGUUGAGAGGACCUGGGAUGAAUUUUUUGUCCGACACGCUCCAGGUUGUUUGAAGUGGUCAUCCGGAUUUGUAUUUUGUCUUCUUUGAACACCUGAAUACACACAAAAAUCGUAUUAACAUUGUAAUCAUAAAAUUAAACCCCAUUAAAUAAGAUAUAAUCACACAAGACAAAAAAUACGUACUCCCCGGUCUAAUCGCUUUUAAUUUGGAAGGCUGUGAUUCAACGUUCUGCGGUUAAAACAAAACAACAACAACAAAAAAUACUCUGGGUAUAUUUGCUUUUAUUUUGAAAGGCAUCAAAUGAACUCCCGGUCUGCUCAGUGGAGGUCUACAAGGAAGGGUCCUCACAGUGGAGAUCUGCAGCCAGACUGUCUUGCUCAAUUUUAGAUUUCCUAAUAUCUGUUUUGCCAGUAUUUUCACACUCAUCUUGGCUGAUAUGGAUAUUGGAAGAGGCAGAGAAACCAACUUAAACAAAUUUUAUCUCUGCUUAUACAAAAGAUAACUUUAUAAGGCAUUAUCUCUUGAUACUGAUGCUGUGCGAAUGAGAGUGUGUAUCCCCAUAUAAUAAGCGUUGGCAUUUUUAAAUAAGGGUGCAUCAUCUGACUAUAAAGUUUAAUUCGUUUCCUGUUCACUUUGAACGAGCCUUUUAUUUAGUGGAGAGGAGCCACAGAUUGUACCAGUCUAGAGACAAAGAAGUAGAGAGAGGUUGUCGUUGUUGUUACAGGCAAAACAAUUUGUAUUUAUAGACAUUUUUGAUGGGAAAACCUUUUCUAACAGAGGAUCAUACUUGUCAUGCAUCGCCACAGAGUAAGCAGGGAAGUAUCAGUCUAGACUCUGACUGCUAGAUAACUCUCAAUAUUUCCAUGUCUGCACAUUUGACCUGCUGCAAGAGUUUUUAUUAUCUAUGAAACAGAUGGAAAUUAACAGAGAUGCCUCUCUCUGACCAACCAAAGCAAAUAAGACUGACCGUUUACGUAUUUGCAUUUGAAAUGCCUGUAACAGCUUGAAGUGGGUAGGUGGCAGACGAGAUAAUUUGCAGCUGGCUGAAGGUUUCUCUGCAUCUAAUAAUCAUAAUGAGGGAUAAAUGUUACUGCUAAAGGAAAGCAUGAUUAGAUUGUGUGUCAGAAAACAGCACGUACACUUGGACAGGACCAAAUCAGCAACAAUGGAAGUGGUAUCACUUUGUUCAACGGCAAAAUCAACAUGAAGGGAAAGGUGACUCCUGCUUUUAAGAGAGGAAAUACUGUCUCAUCUUCUUUCUAGACUCAGUCCCUUAACUCAAAGCUGUGUCUUUUCCUUCUGAACAUAUUGCAUCUUAUUAUCCAACCUACGCUGUGAAUUUGGCCUCUAUGAAACUGCCUGUAUUCUUAACGCAGGCUGUGCUAGUUUCCUUCCAACCAUCGAGCUCAUCUGCUACAGUUUGGAGUUUUUUAUUUCCAACCAGUAGCCAAGUCAGAAGCAUCAAACAAUUGCCAGUGGACAUCUGUUUAUGUUAUGCAAUAAUUGUCCUUAAUGGUUUCGUUGUUUUCUUACUGGUCAAUCACCAGGUGAAAAACGCUGGCAGGAAACUCGGCCGUCGCUGUGACAUGUGCUCUAACUACGAGAAGCAGCUCCAGGUCAUCCAAGGGCAGGAGGCCGACACACGAGAUCAGGUGCAAAGCUUCCUUCCUUUCUGUCAAACUGUGGCUGUUUUUAGAUUCGUGGUAUUUAGAAGUUGUUGUUUUUUUUAAUCUAUAGAGUUUCACAUUUCCUUUCAGGUGAAGAAACUGCAGGUGAUGCUCCGCCAGGCCAACGAUCAGCUGGAGAGGACGAUGACUGAGAAGCAGACUCUGGAGGAUUCAGUCAAAGCAGGAAACGAGGAAACCACAACAAAGGUUUGGACACAUUUCUAGAUAAGUCACGGUGUGCACAGUGUGUGUCGGGACUUUUAGAGCUCGUACUACUCCAAAACAAGUUUCUCUCUGAGUGUGCCAGUUCUGAAAUUAAAGCUUUUGAAAUAAUGGCCCGAGGAACAUGAAACCUUUGGCUCAUUAUUUGAGUUACAAACCACCUACUGAGCUGAAUUCCUGUGAACUCUGCAAGUACGCCUUUGGUUCCCACAACGCUUAAGGGCAUAAAAGCAGAGGAGUGAUGUUGUUGUCAUGGUUGUUUUGAAGUAAGUCAGGACCACAAAAAGUUUUCUUCAGUGUUCUCAGCUCACUUUGUCACCUCACUGUAACAUCUCCGCCCUCCUUGACUCCUUCAUGCCUUCCCAGGCCAUCCUCCAACUCCAGUGUCCACUUUUGAAACUACCCAAGAGAGAAAAAUAACUCCUAUUUCCACAUAAAGAGUUUCUGUUUCAGCUUGUCAGUUUGGAUCACUUUCUCUGGUUUCCUCCCCCUGAUUUUGCAAGAUUGAAAAGACACUUGAUAUCUGCAGGGGCGCCAAAGGAGCCAACCUCUUAAGUUUUGGUCGUUUUUGCUGGUUUGGUAUUUUGGAGGACUGUCAUAGUGGAAGGAGGAGCAGUAGGAGGUUUUGUGGACUGACGCCACCUACACACUUUAGCCUCCACUGCAACAGCACUGUCCUGCUAUCACAAUGCCUUUGUACUUAUACACUGCUCUGUGACGUGAUGAAAUAUCGGCGUCCUAUUUUAUAGUUGGCGACCAAGCUUUCUUGGCUGUGGCUCCCAAAUUGUGUAAAGAAUUGUCACUCCAGAUUAAAACAUCCCCCACUCUUUUUACUUUUAAAUCACGUCUUAAAACUCAUUUUUAUUCCUUGGCUUGUAACUCAGCAUGAGAGUUGUGUAAUCUCUGUCCUUUUAUGGUCCUUUUAUCAUUUUUAUUUCUUUUAUGUUUUUGUGUUUUUAUUUCAUUUAUUUUAUUUCAUUUUAAAUGUUUCUUCCUGUUUUUAUUUAUUUCAUCUUGAUGUUUUCUGGAUUGUCUGCUCUUUUCAUGUUAUUGUGCAACACUUUGGUAAACUUAGAUGUUUUUUAAAAUGUGCUAUAUGAAUAAAGCAGAUUGGAUUUGAUUAGUUACAUGUCACAUUACUGUAUUGCACAUGAGGUACGGCUUGUAAACACACAGUGGGAUCGCCACAUCCACCCACAGUCAGACAUGCACACACAAAUAGCGCCGUUUCAUCGGGUCAGCUCCAACGCUGCACACCGCCACCUUCUUCCCUUGGAUCUGCCUUUGUUAUUAUCUCUGAGGGGACAUCAGAGGGAGAACAACUUCACCUCACCAUGACUUCUCUGUGCGCCACACGAGACAUAAUAGGCAUAAAUAUCUGACCUUAAAAUGGCAGCAUGUAAGAGCCCUCUGCUCUGCACCUCUUCUGUGAAGUGAGAGUGGAUUGUUAGACCUUUGCAAGGGUGAAUCGGCUCAAAUGCUGACUGACUGACCUUGUGAUGACUUCGUCUCAGUGGACAUAAAUUUAUAUCCUAUAUAACCUCAUUUUUAAAGAAGACAAACUCCUAUUUCUCAUUUUCUAUUUCUUGGCGUAUUCUGUGACUAAAUCCCACAUGUGAUUGUUUUUCUAUCAAGUAUUUUCAACUACAGCCAGUUGAACUACAGCUUUUGUGUCUUAUUGAUGUUUUUUUUCUGUGUUGUAGGUGUCCGCCCUCAUGCAGCGAGUCCAGGAAUCAGAAACACUCCUCGGCCUACUACAGCAGGCCUUCGGUGAAGCCAAGAGGAACACGCAGGAGCAGAUGGUGAGCAGCAGAUACUCUCUCCAUUCUGGUGUGGCUCCGUUUUUUGCCGGCUGUGUUUGAAUCUCCGGUUUCCUUCUCGUGUCGGUGUCUGCUGAGGCUGGAGGGACCUCAGCCUUCGAAAUAAGAGGGGACUGCUAAUUUUUGUUGUGACAUCAGGCGGACAUGCAGCCAAAGUGAAUCAUGGCUCGAGGAUCCUGCUGUCUGUUAGUGUUUUUGAUUUGACUUCCUCUGCCUGAGUGGAUAAAUGGCUUUUUUCUUUCACACUACAAAUACAUGCUGACACCAUGAAGCACUUAGCUGCUGGAUUCCUGCUCUGAUGCAAAACUGGUCUGAAAGGUUUGAUAGAGAGAUGCACGCUGACGUUUUCAGCUCGUUGGCUUAAAGAAGGUCUGCAGCAGGUAAACUAGUAUAUGCAGUUCACAAAGACGCCAGGGAUCUGUCUUUUUAAGAAGAUAUUUUUUUUCCAUCAGCCCUAAUCCUCUUCCGUACAAAGAACAUAAAAUACAACCAGCAUUAUAAGAAGAAAAAAUUAUACAAAAACAACAUGAACGGCUUAAAAUACAGAAAAUAUGCCAAAGGCUGUUAAAGUGUGUCUUCAGCAGCCUUUUGAGUACUUCGGUUAGGACUCUUGCUAAAUUAUUCCACAUUACGGCUCCACAGACUGCAUCAGUCCUGGACCCAGAGCAGCGUCCCGAGUCCCGUGACUCUGAUGAUCCCUCACACAGUUUAUUGGAGAGGACAGACAGUUUGGCUCUUUGCUAAAACAAAUAUUCCUAAAAAAAAAUCGUCAGGUUGCUUUCUAACCGUUUGUGGAAGACUGGCAUGCAGACUCUCUGUACUCAACCUCACGCCUGGACAGGCCAGGGCCGGUCUUGCAACUUUAUUUUGUAAAAUUUAUAAUAUUUAUUUAUAAUGAAAAAAACCUCCCCCUCUCAUUUUUCCCCCCCUCCUAGGCCUUCAAACUUUUCCAUAUCUCAGCAGUCUGCCAAGUAUCAGCACUCAUUUCAUGAGCUGGGGUCGCUCCUCUGUUAAAAACGACUUGAACUGAACAUUAACCAGUUUGCCGCCAUCUCCAUACAUUAUUGUUGCUUCUGUGCCUGUCUCAGGGAAUGAUACAAUGAUGCAAAAGCCUCACUACCUCCACAGACAUAAAGUCAUGUAAAUAGUCAUGUGAAAUGGUUUGGAUUUGUGGGAACCUGAUUUUUUAAAUGAAAGAAGUGGCUGUAUAAGGUCACCACUUCCUCACCACAUAUGUUCACUGACAUCAUGUAGAUUUUGGCUGCAGGAUUUCUACUUAUAAAAAAGGAAGUGCAACCUGCUGAAAUGUCACUCAAUAACCAGAAUAGAGAAGUUUUUUAAAUCUUAAAUUUUAGCAUAAUUUCCCUUUUCUCAUGAAAAGGUAAUGAACACCUUCUCACAACAGUGAGGAAAAGAGACGGGAGAGGAGAGAGGCAGAAAGCCGUCUUAAUAAUGAAUGUGCAGCUGCAAGCUGGGCCACAACACACACAACAUACCGUCUGCAAAGCAAUGAGACAUUCAGUCUGCUGCCUCUGGCUUUGAUCUGAAGAAAAAUGGGUCUUCACUCUUCCAUUAAUUCAGUUUUAAUAUUACAGCGAGCAGAAUGAUAGCCCUGCAGGGAGAGUCGGAUGGAGCACGUAUCCAAAAUAAAACGCUGUCCGUUGACUCACUCCUGUCACGCCGCGUAUGAUGCGAUGAUGAUUUUACAGACUGACACACGACGAGGGCGGAAUGAGUGACUUUUCUUUGUUUGUUCGUUUCAGGCGGUGCUGGUGAAAUCAAGGGAGCAGGUGGCAGAUGAGCUAAGUCGACUACAGAGAGACAACGAGAGCCUGCAGGGGAAACACAGGCUGCACGUAGAGCUGCAGCAACAGGAGGACUUUCAGAUGCCCGGCACUGUGCAAGUACGUGAAAGCAAAAUCAAUAAGGGCCGAGUAUUAAUCCUUUAAACCGUCUUGAUAGCAACUGGAACAAAUCUGCAAACACAGAUUUUUGUUUCAGCAGCAGGAGGAGAAGGAUUUCUUGUACAUGGUUUGUACAUGCUACCAAAACGUGAUAUCAGGAGGUGAUUUUAAAAAAUAAUGACUGCAAAAGAAACUUGAGAACAGUGUUGCCAGGGUGACAUAUUUUCACCUUACAGAUGAGACAAAGGUGUGACUUAAUGAGGUUUCCUGAUACACCAAAUCUACUCACACAUAAUGAAGAUUUAUUUUAUCUGUGCCUCACAAAACGAUCACUGUGAUGCUUUUAUUUUUAUGUUUUUACCAUCUUGGGUUUAGGCUGCUUUUUUCUUAUGUUGUAAAAAUGCUUUUAUUCUAAUAUGAGGUGAACAAUAUUCAGAGGCGGAGCCUGAGCUACAGUAGUCAGUAAAAUCUGCAGCUACAAGGAUAGUUCAGACGUCUAAAUGUGGGGCGCUGAUGGCCUUGUGGUCUAAACAAACCAUGUUUAGAGGCCACAACCUGGUCACGACCCUUCGCUGCAUGUGUCCCUCCACUCUCUGCUCCCCACAGUUCCUGUUUCUCUUCAGCUUUCCUAUAUAAUCAAAGCAAAAUGCCCCCAAAAGUUUAAAUUUAAAAAAGUAUUAAAGUUCAGUGCAUUAGAUCCUUGAAUAUCACUCUAACUGUGUUGAUGGAUUUAUAAUCUCUGAAAAACUCACUUAUCGCCGAUAUGUAUUUUCUCUCUCAUCUCUUUCUAAAGUCUCUAAACAGCAAAAAUACUGAUUUUAGUGUAUUUGUCUAGUUUCAUGUCAAAAUAUUGCACUGUACUUAGUAUUAGCCAAAUGAUCCUUACAAGAACAGAUACAACAUCUUAUUUCAAGAUAUUUCAGGCAAAAGCACCAGUCACAUUCACUUAAAUUUCUUAUUUACAGAGAAUAAACUUAGUUCAAACCCAAUUUCAUGCUUGUAAAACCUUGAAACUCGAUGUUUUCUCUAAAGCAUAUUUUGACACUGGAAAUUAAAACGCAAACUUUGUAAGAUUUGAGAUUUUGCAGUGCGAUGCUGAAUUUGUCUCCACAUCUUCUGCUCGUCUGCUUUUCUAAGUAGGCGUGAGAUUCUUUCCUGAAACCUUGCAAGAUUUCAAAUCCAGUUUAUUGUCACUUACAGAUGCAAAAUACUCUUAUCCUCAGAGAAACAUUUAAAACAAGGAAUAUAACUGCAAAUACAAACCUGUUAAAACUAAUCCCAUAUUUAAGAACAUGGCUAGAAACAAAGUGCUCUUGCAUAAUUAAGUGUACAAGUGCAGUUAUGAGUGUUUGGCCGCUGGCGAGCAUAUUAAAGUAGGUGCAGGUGCAUAUGUGUGUUUACCAGCCUCUGCAGUCUUGUGGUGUUCGGGGAGAAAGGGUGGGAGUGGCAACAGGGGGAGGGUGAUCAGAGUCCUAAUGGCCUGAGAAAAGAGGCUAUUACUCAGUCUGCCUCGGAGCCUGUCCUGGUGGCAAGAGUGCAAAGGGAUGUGAUCAGAGGGUGUAACAUUGCGUCGGAGGCAUUUUUUAAAGCACUUGCAUACGUUACAUAAAGUAGAAUAGCUGCUAUAUUACCAUAAAAUUGACAGUGUCUCACUGAUUACCUCUGGGGUAGCACUAUUAUGACUCCACAGACUCAUUUUCAGUGAUUAAAGGCAGCACUGCUCAUUUCGGAGUCCCUCAAAGAUUAGAGUAUUAUCUUUUUAUGACUGUAAUCCCUCCUCCUUGAAACUCAAAAACAUCCUCCCACACUGUUACUCUUGGCUGAGUUCUCCCGCCUGACUGUGUGUCAGGCAGAGUGGGCCCUGCUUCUGUGGAGGUGGAGUAGCGCUGAUGAUGACCCACUAACAUUUGAGGCUUGUUGGUGGUAAAAACCAGCUGCUCAUGUAACUUUAAAAUCCCUGUUUACUACACCCAGAUACCAAAAGAAAGAGAAGCACUUGUUUGUGUUAUUCCAGUUGAAUUCAAUAAUCUUAGGGCAGAUUUGAGUCUUUUCUAAAUUGGUUAAACGACACAGAACAAACUAACCUGACACUAAUGAUACCUGACUAAACAGAGGACUGAAAAACUUCUGCUCAUCUCUGUAGACCUUUAGAGUGUCUAAAAAAAUAGAUCUGUUGUUGCAGUCUGGACUCUCCACAUGGGUCCUCGAGGUGAAUGUGGUGUCAGUUUGAGCCUGGAGGAAUAGAUUUGAGCCAAUCCUCGAUAACCGCUGGCCCACAGUCACCCCUUAGUCUGGGCUCAAGCACAAUCACCCAGGAAAGUUCAUGUCACAAACUAUCAGAGUAUAUCUAAAUGCUUUUUAAUUUGCUUCAGAUGUUGUAGAUAUUUAAUGAAAAACUGCACAAAACUGUAAAAUUGCUCCUCAGGAGGCUAGAUUGUUCUUGAAAUCUACAUACUUCACAUACAAACGUCCUGUUUCACUUAACCACACCGCAGCUUGCCCAUCACGUCAGAUUACGAACUUGUAGCUAAAAAAGCAAAACGAGAGAAACUGACUUUUUGUUGGCAUUGGCCCUCACAAGGCUGAUAUCACCAUUAAACUCAUUUUCUCGAUUGUAAAUGACAGUAAAUCAAAUCUAAAACAGUUACUGACUUGUGUUUAAUAGAAAUUCUGUUAUUUCACGAUGUUCUGAAAUCAAUAUCGUAACUGUGAAUUUGUCUUUUUCAGCAAUUUGUCAAAAAUUCAUUGAAGGCAAAGACAACUCAGACUAUCACAAGUACUGUUUGAGUGCUGACAUCAAAUCGACUGUAACUGAUAAUUAUAAUGUAUGAGAAGUUUCAACAUAGAAACAUAAAGAUGUGUCGUCUGCAAACAGAAUCUCUAAACCUGUUUUUUCACCAGAAAUACCAACGCUAAUCGUCACGCGCUUUGUUCUUUUUUUAUUUAUCUCCUCUACUUCCUCAAAUUAAUCUCAUUAUGUGCCUUAUUUUCCUUUUUUUUUUUUUAUGUGUUUCUCCAGGAGCUCCAGAGCCUGGUGAUAAGGCACCGUGAGGACCUGGUCUCGUUACGGACGUCUGCGGAUCACAUGGAGGAGAAGCUGAAAGCUAAGAUCCUGUUCCUGAAGGAGCAGAUCCAGGCGGAGCAGUGUCUGAAGGAGAACCUGGAGGACACGCUGCAGCUGGAGAUCGAGGGCUGCAAAGAGGAGAUCGGUGAGACUCAAAUGACUCAUUAAAGAAAGAUAACUAACGGAUCAUUUUCAGUAGAAAUGAAACAGACUUUCCUGUGGAGAUGUCUCCAGCCAUCAUUUCUUCAUGAUCUCCUCUGACUUUGCUUUUUGUUCCUCCCUGUUCACCACUUUCAUUCAGACAUCUUGGAAGGUAUGACCCCUGUUUUGAGCCCACUGUAACUGCCUGUAAUGUGUGUGUUAAAGGUGUGGCUGUCAGACUAACAACGACGGUUAGCUCACGACAGACUGUUUUCCCCCUCACUUUUCUAACUGUCUUUGAACGUCUCUGAAAUGUGCAUUAAUCGAUGAUUUACCUCACUCACUGCUGUCCCGCUGCACAGAUAAGCUAUAACAUAUCUCACUGUGAACCCAGAUGUUACACAAGGGUGUUUCCUGUUUAUGGCAAACAUUGUGUGGAAACUCAGAACAACAGUAUGUGUGCACUCACAGCAUAAACAGAUAUGUGGUAGUGAUUGUGAUUUUUAGCAGAGUAUUUCAGACAAUGGGAGUGUUAGAGUUAAAACAGAAAUAUCAUUGUGGGCUCAAGUUGAAGUUUUUGGACUCAGAGUUUUUUGUGUUUAAUUUAUUAUUUUUAUCUUAGAAACAGGGGAAAUUUGAGCUUCUAAAACUUAAUAACUCUGUCUUAAAAAAUAAAAAAAAGCUGAGCUCAAACACUGUAAUGCAGUAAUGUAGCCAACCUCAUUACCAAAACCGUUAUUUGUGUUUCACUUAGACAGUGUAAACUUUCAGAUUUGACCUCUUUUUUUUCACAAAAGCCAGACUCACAAACUCACAGCAGCUUUGUUGCUUUAUUCGGGAAAUGCCAAAUAACCUUUUUAACAGAUCACCACGACUGUAAACCUACAGAGAACAUCAGAGCGAGGUUCUGAACAUCACAAUCCUCUAAUAUAAUCUGUGUCCCACAGCGUCUUUCUCCAGUCUGAAGACGGAGCUGGAGCGAAUAAAAGAGGAGAAAGAAAAGGUAAGUCCUCUUUGAUACUGAAGGACGCUUACAGAGAUUUCUCUAAAGUGCAUUUUGUUCUGUUGUUUAAAGGGAAAAUUUCUACCCUUAAAAGAUGAGAAAUGAAUCAAUCAGCAGAGCAGAAAUGUCACAGUUAGAGACGUUAAAUAAAUUGCACCAACUUUGGACUUUAAAUGAAAUAAAAUAAAACUAGCAAUGACAAGAUGAACGAUUAAAAACUAUGACUUUAUCAAUUCAUAUUUCUAACAUGUUUAAAAAAAUCUUAACUAGCUUGUCCUGUGACUUAAAUUAGUCAAACUUUUCUGUUUUAUGUGAUUUUACAGCCCCCUAGUGGCCAAUGUUGAAGAAUUCCACAAACCAAUUCAUUCUUCAUUACAGCAUCACCGCCCUCUUUCCUUACCUUUAGUUUAAGCUCUUGCUGAAGUUGAUCUUUCGUAUUAUCUCUUACUCAUUUCUGGGUUUUUUUGUUGUUGUGUAGUUGCAGAGCAGUUUAGCAGAGAAAACUGAAACACUGGAGAGCGUCCGGGGCCUGAAGGUCAGCCUGGAGCAGCAGCUCAAAGAGCUAACCACUGCAAAGGUCAGUGAUAAGACAUGCUUCGUGGUCUUUAACCUAAACACCUAAAAUAUAUGCCAACAACUGAGAAGAAUCUGAUCAGGAUUGAAUCAGUGCUUAUGUUUGAGUUUAACCACAUCGAUCACAACUCUUCAUCUGACUGGACAAACACAUUUACUGCUGCUGGUAGCUUCCCGGCAUUCACUGAUGUAGUGAUAAGAAAAGGGACAGAUUUUGGAAUGUAAGAGACGACCUGUGCCAGUAAAAUCUUGAAAGCGUGUGUUAGGGAAGUCUGACUGUGAAUGCAUUAAUUUUAAAUCCAUAAUGGCAGGCAGUGAGGCUAAGCUGAAAGCUGGAUGUGUUGAUUGCGGUGAAAUGCUCUCAAAUGAGGCGAUGAAAACUGAAAACAAUCAGGAUGUGUCAAGAAGCCAAAUGAAUACUCACAUGAGGAAAGCGGGCGGCCUUCAGGCAUCCUUUUUUUAAAUUGAUCAAUUAGAAGUGAGUCUUGAUUCAAAAAAGGUCAAUAAACAUGAAAACCUGAACCUGUGUUACACUGAAGCAUUGAUUCAGUUCAUAACUCAGUGUUUGCAUGUGUGGGAUUUCACUGCAGAGUGCACUAGAGAGCCAGGUCUUCGACGAGAGAGACAAAGCUCAGCGGCUGCAGACGGAGCUGGACGUCAGCGAGCAGGUUCAGAAGGACUUUGUCAAACUUUCUCAGACACUUCAGGUGAGGAUGAAGAAACACUUUAUAAGGGUUUUCAAUUCAUACAGUAAGGUAGUUUAUCUUUUUUUUGUCCAAAUGCCGUGACAAGCCAGAGUCUUACCUUGAAAACUCACAGGAUGCAUGUGCACUGCAUUCUGGUUUUGCUUUAUCUGAGGGUGUGCAUUUUGUAAAAGCAAAAAAGUAUCGUAAGUGCCAAAAAUACCAAGUUUCUAAUGAUUAAAUGAUCAUUUAUAUAUCACUUUCAUCUACAAUUCUUUUUUUUUGUUUGUUUGCAAUACUUGACCUGCGUUUACAAUGGUCCCCAGCCACCUUUUUGACUCCAUAGAGGCAGAUUUUGAGAUGCAAAAAGAAGAAGCAUUGCACCGAUGAAAAGACAGUGCACACAUAUCCUGUGGGUUGAAGGCUUUAAUGCGUUUGUCUUUAGUACCACAAACUCUCAUUUCUAAAUAACCAAUAAAGAAUACUGAAGAGCCCCAGUGUUGUGUGGGUUUCUCUCUUCUCUUAGAAAAGGAGAAAUAACCUGAAACAUGUUGCACAGGCCGUAAUAAUAUCCGAUCCUGUGAGCUCUCCCUCAGAUUGAAAACAAGGUUUAGAAGUUGCUCGUCUGUGUGUGUCCACAGGUACAGUUGGAGCGAAUACGACAGGCAGACUCCCUGGAUCGAAUCAAAGUCAUCCUUAAUGACACCAACUUGACUGACAUCAACCAACUUCCAGAGACAUGAUACCACUGAGUGAAGACUGCCUUCAGUUUCAUUCCCCUCUUUCUCUCUCUCUCUUUCUCUUUCUCUCUCUAUCUCUUAUCACUGGCCCAGUAACAUUAUUGAUCUGACCCUCCUUCCUCCUCCUCCUCUUCCUCUUCCUCCUCCUCCUCCUCCUCCUCCUCCCCCAUAACCACAGAGGAAGAGUUUGGAGGCACAAGAACGGACAUGGCAUGAGGAGGAGCCUUUUGUGUACAUUAAGAGUCUUGGAUCAUGGAUGAAAUAAUGAAGAAGAACACUACUAAAAAAAAUGUAAAUAACUCAAUGUGUGACUCUGGACAGAAGGAGGGAGAGACGUCUGCCUGUGUCUUGUUUCUACUGUAGAUAUGAUUGUCUGUAUUAGCUCAACCAAAAAAAGGUUUGUCAUCUCUUAAAGCACUUUUCAUCUGCGACUUCUAUUUUCAGGCGAAACUCAAACAACUGGAUGCAUCUCUUUUCUUCCUUCUGUUCUUAAAACAGUCGCUUCCUUGUUCCACUUGCUUGUUCUCCCCCUCCCUCGCUCCUCUCUCUGUCUUUUUUUUCCUGUGACAUUUUCCACCUUGAUCUGCUUAAUUCACCCUGUGACAGAGACACACCGAAGGAAAUUCAUGGAAAGUACUUGCACAUAACUUAUCGGGGAUAAAAAAAAAAGGAACAUAAUACAAUUUGAGCAAUACCCUCCAUUUCUUAUAAAAAAAAAACACAUCUACUGUACUUUUGCUUUGUUCUUAAUGUCUAACAGAAACCUUUUUUAAUUUUAAAAGCUGCAAAAAUACAGUGAAGAAUCAUUCAGACACGUCCCAAGUUUCAUUUUUCAUUUUCACCCGUAGACAAAAACGCUAUUUAACUGAGUUUUUGACAGGUAAAAGAAUGGGUACAUGGCAAGAAAAGAGGAAGUGUCAAUGGAUAAUAAUGGAUUUUAACACACUUUUUGCUCCCUUUAAUGGUCGUCCUGUUAAAUUCCUCUUAGUCAGACUGUCUUAAUGUGGUUCUGAGGCUUUUGGAUUAAGCUUGGAUGGUUUUUAAAGUAAUAUAAAAUGGAAAAGCACCAUUACCGCUCUGGCACAAUGUAUUUUUCUGAUAGGGCUGGUUGAAAUAGGACUUAACCUACAAAGCAGGUUAUUUGCUGCAUGAUUACAAAGAAAGCAAACGAAAUUUACAAAGGGGGACUUUGGGAGUUUGAGGCACAGCUAGUUGGAUUUUUUUUUUUUAAACCCAAAUAGCUGGAAAGGAAAUCUAGAUGCAAUUCUUGGGGAAAAAAAAGCAGCAAAAUUUGUCAAACUGUGCCUCACGUUGGUAUGAGCCCAAACAAAACACGACCCAGCUCUUUAACUUAUCUCAUAAUCCAACAGUCAACCUCGCUGAAGGGAGAGAUUGGUGAAAAUUUGCCUCAUCUUUGGUUGGCACACAAAGGAACAAGCCCUUUAAAACUGGAGGGGUAAAGAGGGAUUGAAUUGCUGACAUUUCCAGGUCUGACAAAAAGAUAACUGACUUCACAUAUCUGCACCUAAGCUACAAAAAAAGUUUAUUCAUUACUCUGAGAUAUUCUCACAUGAAGGUUUACUGUCUGAUAAGUAAAAACAAGACUAACCGCAAAUGAAGAAACAACCUGAAGAUUUUGCAUUAGAUGUAAAUUUAAGAAACUAAAGAUAACACUGACUCCUACAUGACUAAAGCUGCCAGUUUCUUCCAUGUGCAGUGAGUGUAGGACGGCCAGAAACCCCCUCAUGUCACACAGCUCCAUACGGAGGAGCAGACUGACUCAGUGAACAGACAAUAACAUACUAACACCGGUUUCUUUACCUUUCUGUAAUCUCAUUUGGACUCUAUUUAUCAAGAACUUUAUUUAUCCCGGGGGGAAAUUAAUCGAAUUACUCCUUGGGAAUAAAUAAAGUUCUUUUUAUCUUAUUUCUGUAUUUGUCAUAUAUAUUCACACGUUUAGCUGUGGUCAGGUUAUAAAGCUAGGGGCUGAAACUCAAACAAACUUUUAAAACUCUGUACUCAUGGUACCAUACAGUCUAAAAACAGCACACGGUUCUAGGAGUUAUCACACAAAGGCAUUUAAAGUUGAGUCUAGUGUGGUCUGACCCGACUUGGUGAGAUAGGAAUGGGUGCAGACAGACAGGUGGUAAAUCCCAACAUCCAACUCUAGUUUAAUAUAAAACACUGAAUCGUGGUAUGACAUUAAGGUGUACGAAACUGAGGCUCCAAACCAAAGAGGGACAGUAGGGUUAGGGUUAAGGUUAGACAGUGUACAACUGGAUUUAGCCUCAGUCAUGUCGCCUAUUUGUGAAGCUGAGUUUUGAACCCUAUCAGUGGUGGUCACCAUGUUAAAAAUGCAGUCUCAGCCUCACUAUUGGUCAACCUAUCAGAGGUGAGAUUUUAGCCUUCUGGAGAAAGGGUCACAGUCAGGUCAGCCAUGCCUCUGAUUUGCCAAUCUUGUAAUCUUGGUAUCUACAAACGUGUAGCAGGUGCUGCACAGCAGUCUUUAGCACUUCUACAUUAACUUCAUUUCUAAAGACUGAAAUUGGCUGUUUGCUUGUCAAUAGAUAUUUUUGUGUCUUUUUAAUUCAACAAAAAAGCAUCAAUUAAAGUCUGCUUAGUUCACUUGUUUAAGGACAGAGAACUGUGUUAAGUGUAUGGCUGCACUUAAGAUUAAGAAGAACUUUGUUAAUCUUCGAAGGGAAAUUCAAUAAACCUACCUACUAACAGGAUUUAUCCCACAUUUAGGAAGACACAAGCUUCCUGUUUAACUUAACCUAUAGUAGAUUUUAGGAAAAAAGCCAACCAUGGUUCAGGAUUUCAGUGUGGCUACUGGGGUGGAUAAUUGGGUUGCCAUCCCCUAGAUCCGCCUGGAAGUAAGUUACUUCUGGAAGUCAAUGAUUUUUCUGAAAACCGUUGCCUCCGAUUUUGCCUUUUAACCGCCUUUUCUCUGCCGCCUUUCUCUCGUUUUUCCUCUGAUUCAAGCGACGACGAAACGACCAAACUUCUUUCAGUGGAUUGAUACGGUAGUUCUGACAUAGUCUGUAUCCAUGGCAACAGUGUACUUCAGACAGUAGGAGUGUUUCCACAGAGUAUUUUAAAGGCCAUGUAUACUAAUUAUUCAACAAACAUUUCCAAUGUCUUUUUUCUGACCACAUCAUCAAACUCAGUUUGUUUAACACUAGUUAAAUUAAGAUGCCUAGCGUUGUAGUUUUAAAUGUAAACGGCCCUUUAACCUUCCGCCUAGUGGUGAAAAUGUUGUGAAUGACUCAACAAAAAACAGGCGUAUCACCAACUUAAUAUGUGUAUUUGACAAUCUGAUCCUGGUCAGUUAUCUUUGUAGGAAGUGUGAGGGGAAAAAACAAAAUCUAUGAUCACUUAGACUGAGUGUUAAAGCAGCUUAAAGAGGGUUUCAGUUGCAGUAAGAUGGCUUUUCAGAAGUUUUACUGAGAUCUUAAACCCAUGUUAAAAUGAACAGUCACAUAGUAGGUCGGAUUUGAUUACAUAAUUAGCAAAUUUAAUGUGGGCAAACACAAGCCAUUACACAACUCAAGUAGCUACAGGAGGGGAGAUGGUACUUCGCCAUCUGCUACACACCCACAUCAGUUGAGGCUAUGAAAUCAGCACAGAGGAGUGUGAUUUUGGGUAUUCAUUUGGAAAUAAAAUCAGCUGUCACUGAUGAAAAAAAGCUGUUAUAAUAAGAGUCUGGAAGCUGUUAAUAAACGUCAUACAAAUGCCAAAACAGAAAAUAUGGUUACUGGAGGAAGAGCUUUGGGUUUUCAGCCUUUUUAGGAUGCGAACAGUUUUCCAGAAAUACUCAGACAUGGCCUCUUUUGAACCAAGGUCCUGACUAAAUCCUCUUAACCUCCUUUGACAGUUUGACACAAAUCUGCAAAUAUAGAAAAUAUGAGGUUCAAUGAGUUUCUGAUGGAACUCAAAUGGAAGAAGGGGACCUCAUUAAACCUGCUCUGUAUGGUUUAAGGAUGUGUUGAUCACUGUGUUUUCCUCAUUGACAUGCAUGUAUAACAUUUCCUCAUGUCUCAUGUUUAUACUGUAGAUAUGUUGAGCUGAUAUUUAUGAUUGAGUGGUGUGAGAUGGUGUGGGUAUGUGGGUGAGUCAGCCUGGGUUGCACUGACAGGAAGCUGCACAUGUUUGGAUUGUAUGACUGUGGGCUGAGCGCUCAUGUUGGGACACUGAGGACGUAAAAAUAGAUUUUUUUAGUGUAAGAUGUGGAUUUUAUUCCUCUGAAGGCCUUAUUGCAUAAUUGACUUGGUGUGUUUUGACUUCAUUUGUCCAUAUUGAUGUCCACUGCAGUUACAGAUUCUGCGUGUGGCCCAUAUAUGGAUGCAGACAUUUACAAUGAUCAUGGUGUUCAUUUUUGAGAUUUGGUUUGACAGAAUAAUUCCUAAUUAAACAUGAUUUUUUUUGUCUUGGAAAAAUUUCUGAUAUGACUGGGCUGAGACAUACUGGACUCUCCUAAAGCUCACACUGUGUACAACCAACUGCAUAGUUUUUAGUAAAAAAUUGACAACAUGACAAAUAAGACACACUUUGACUUCAAGAUUUGUUGGUGCAAUCUAAAUGUUUGGUUGGUUUUUCUAAGACUCUGGCACUGGAAGAUGAGCUUUUUUGUAGAUUUCAAUACUAGUUCUUUAAUGACAAUUAUGAAGCCCGAAGUGUACAUGCAUCUGUAUUCACUCUGUUUUCAGAAGUGACAACCCCUGCUGUUAAGGAAGCUCAAACAGAGGUGCAAAAAAGCUGCAGUUCCUCGAGUGUCCAUUAGAGGGUGGUCCCAAAAGUUAGGGAAUCCCUAUCAGGUCUCAUGUCAUUAUUUCAACAGCAGAAUUAAACAUGUUUUUAACCUGGUGCAAAACAUUCUGGUCUCAAUGGCCAAUUUCUUCUUUUCAUACACAUUGAAGAGAGGGGGAUUUUUAAUAUCAGGUUUGAGGAUAUCAAUAGUAAAGGUUGUUUCAUACAAUCACCAGGUUUCAUACAAUCACAUGUGAUAGUGGCAGAUAUACUGUAAGAGAUCUCAGCCUAUUUACUUCCUUAUUUCAAGAUAAAAAUCCUGGAACACAAGCCUUGUUAUUUUGAGAUUGAUACAUUUUUUAUUUUAGUAAAACCGGCUUUGCCACCUGUUUGAAGUCAAGAGCUCAACAUAACAGCCAAAAACUGAUGAACUAAGUGAAUUUGGUAUGGAUGCAUGUCCAGUUAAGGCUUCCAUCGUGUACAAUGACCAUUAUUAUGAAGUUAAAAUUUACAUGGUCAACAUAAUGUAUGUAGAGCAUUUGAGCACAUUACAAGCAUCAUCAGAACAUUUUAUUCAAAACAUCACCAUAGAGAAAAAACAUUUAAACCAUUGACCCCUGAGGCUUUUUUGUCAACAUUUCAUUCUAUUUGGAGCUCUCUGACACAGCUUGUAUUUUUUAUUAUUGUGACGUGUGCUGCUGACCUCUUGGCCAGGUCACCCUUGUAAAAGAGAUAUCAAUCUCGAUGGAUUUUCUUACCUGGUUAAAUAAAGGUUCAAUAAAAUAAAAUUUAAUUUAACUCUUUUGAGUCAAAACACGUUCAAGUUUUACUAAAAAUCUUCAUUCGAGUUACAAGUUUUCCCCAAAUUUCUGACUGUGGUAUUAACACGUCUAAAAUACAUAAUAUUUUAGUGCUCGCUCUGGAUCCAGUUUAAUAGAGAUCUUCAUUUUUCUUUAAAGAUUCAUAAUAAUUUUGUGACAGGAGUUAUUGUCUGUUCCCUCUAAAUUUAAUGUACGAGCAUGGGCUCCAGCAGAGAGGUUUGAUUUCAC